AUGGAGCCUAUUACCCGCAAGUCAGAGCUUCCCUUCCUCGAGAUGGUCCGUACUCCUCAAACGGGCCGGUCGCUACUGCGUCCCACCGGCUCCGACGAGAUGCACGACCUGCUCUGCGUGGGUUUCGGACCAGCCUCACUGGCUAUCGGAAUUGCACUGAACGAUGCCAUGGAUCCUGCCCUGGGUUCCAAGGCCAACUUCAAGCCUAAGGUGACCUUCCUGGAGAAGCAGAACCAAUUCGCUUGGCACAGUGGUAUGCUGGUGCCCGGCUCUCGCAUGCAGAUCUCUUUCAUGAAGGACCUGGCCACCAUGCGUGAUCCCCGCAGCAGCUUCACCUUCCUCAACUACCUGCACCACAAGAACCGUCUGAUCCACUUCACCAACCUGGGCACAUUCCUGCCUGCGCGCAUGGAGUUUGAGGAUUAUAUGCGCUGGUGUGCCAACCGCUUUGAAAAUGUCGUGAACUACGGCGAGGAGGUGGUGGAGGUUGUCCCUGGUCAGACAGAUGCAAGUGGUGUGGUGGAUUACUUCACAGUGGUGUCCCGCAACACUGGCACUGGCGAGAUCUCCUCCCGCAAUGCCCGCAAGGUCGUCAUUGCUAUCGGUGGAAAGGCCAAGAUGCCCCCUGGUUUCCCCAAUGACCCCCGCAUCAUGCACUCCUCCAAGUACUGCACCACUCUCCCUCAGAUGCUGAACGAUGAUAUGGCCCCCUACAACAUUGCCGUUGUCGGUAGUGGCCAGAGUGCCGCUGAGAUCUACCACGAUCUCCACCGCCGGUACCCCAACUCACGCACGACUUUGAUCCUCCGUGACACUGCUCUCCGUCCCAGUGAUGACUCUCCCUUCGUCAACGAGAUCUUCAACCCCGAACGCGUGGACAAAUUCUACGAAAUGUCCGCCGAAGAGCGCAAGCGCCGCAUCGCCAUCGAAAAAGCAACCAACUACAGCGUCGUACGCCUCGAACUCAUCGAAGCAAUUUACAACGACAUGUACCUCCAAAGAGUCGAAAACCCCGACGAAACCACCUGGCAACAACGGAUCCUCUCCGAAUCCAAAGUCGCCCGCAUCGAACACCACAACCCCUCCAGCCGCAUGCGCAUCCACGUCAAGUCCGUGAAAAACGAAUCCGAAAAGGAAGUCCUGGAUGUGGACGCCCUAAUGGUCGCAACAGGCUACCUGCGCGAUGCGCACGAGGAAAUGCUCGACAACGUCCGUGGCCUGCAGCCUGCUGGUGCAGCUGGCUGGAACCCCGGCCGUGAUUACCGGGUUACACUGGAUGCGAACAAGGUCGCUGCUGAUGCGGGCAUUUGGCUGCAGGGUUGUAAUGAGAAGACUCAUGGAUUGAGUGAUUCGUUGCUUUCUGUUCUGGCUGUGCGUGGUGGGGAAAUUGUUAACUCUGUUUUUGCGGAUCAAUUGGCUGGCGUGGUGCAGGACACCCGUGUGCGUGCCAUGCUUUAA